CGCGUGACAUGAUCCAUUAUUCAUGGCGCACGCCACCGUCCAGGGCGCGCCCAUGACACGCCCGUGCCCGCGCCCGUCAGCCCCCCUGGUCGUCUUCCUCGUCCUGCUCGCCUCCUGCUACCUCGCCCUCACGCGCCUCCCCGCCGCGGCCCCGCUAGCCGCCCUGAUCGCCCCCUCCUCGGGCCAUGGUUCCGGCCACGGCGCCGUCGACAGCUGUGCCGGGUUCUACCGCGGCGCGGGGAGGCGCGCGGUGACAGCGUCCGUGGAGGAGUUCGGGGCCGUGGGCGACGGGGUCACGUCCAACACGGCGGCGUUCCAGCGCGCCGUGGCUGCUCUGGAGGAGAGGGGCGGCGGCGGCGGCGCCAGGCUGGAGGUGCCGGCGGGGCGGUGGCUCACGGGGAGCUUCAACCUCACCAGCCGCUUCACGCUCUUCCUGCACCAUGGCGCGGUCAUCCUCGGCUCCCAGGAUCCAGAAGAGUGGCCUCUCAUUGCACCAUUGCCGUCUUACGGGCGCGGAAGGGAAAGAUUAGGACCGCGCCACAUUAGCCUCAUUCAUGGACAAGACCUAAAUGAUGUUGUUAUUACUGGUAGCAAUGGGACCAUAGAUGGCCAGGGCAGGAUGUGGUGGGAGCUGUGGUGGAACCGGACUCUGAACCACACAAGAGGUCAUCUCAUCGAGCUCGUCAAUUCAACCAACGUCCUGAUCUCCAAUGUCACCCUACGCAACUCCCCGUUUUGGACAGUGCAUCCGGUCUACUGCAGAAACGUGGUGAUAAAGGAUUUGACUAUACUAGCUCCCCUGAAUGCUCCAAACACCGAUGGCAUCGAUCCAGACUCAAGUUCAGAAGUUUGUAUCGAGGACUGCUAUAUUGAAAGUGGGGAUGACCUGGUUGCUGUCAAGAGUGGCUGGGAUCAGUAUGGAAUAUCUGUAGGCAAACCCAGCUCAAACAUUAUCAUCCAGCGGGUUUCAGGCACCACACCUACGUGCUCCGGUGUGGGUUUCGGAAGCGAGAUGUCGGGUGGGAUAUCAAACGUGCUUGUCCGCGACCUCCACAUAUGGAACUCCGCUUCCGCAGUAAGGCUCAAGACCGAUGUGGGGCGCGGCGGGUACAUAACCAACAUCACCAUCGCCAACGUGACGAUGGAGAAGGUCAAGGUGCCAAUAAGGUUCAGCAGGGGUUCAGAUGAUCACUCUGACGACAAGUAUGACCGGACAGCGCUACCCAUGAUCAGUGGCAUUCAUAUUGUCGACAUUGUUGGCGUGGAUGUGCAGCGCGCACCAAUGCUGGAGGCGGUGCACGGCGCGGUCUAUGAGGGGAUCUGCUUCAGAAACGUUAGCCUGAGAGCGAUAAGGCGUCAGGUACGGUGGCAAUGCGAGUCUGUGUAUGGAGAGGCGCAUGAAGUUUUCCCUGCACCUUGUGAAGAGUUGAGGAAUAAUGGGUCUUCUUCUUCUUGGUGUGGCCUUCCCUGAGCAACUGUACAGAACUUGUAAGAUUUUGAUGGGUGAAAUGGUGUGUCUAUACUUGUGUUUAGAGAAGGACAAAGAUAGAACUUACAGGCAGAUCCAACACUGAGACUUGUAUUCUUUGUUUUGUAAAACGUCUAGAGGGCACAAAGGACUUUCUGUCAGUUUGUCCACUGCAAAUGAAUUCACUGAUCGAAUAUGUAGAA